UUAGCAGAUUCAGCCAAAUGCCCUGUAAAGCUACCACAGAAAUCCUCAGCAGACUGUAAAGUUCUAAGGGAAAACGGUCUUGUCGAACAGAGACGCAUAUUUCAGCUUGCACCACGCCCACCGCUACCCAUGCCUCUGGUGAAUAUGACCAUUGACCAGCUCAAGGCUUACUUCCUUCAAGAUGACUUUGCGAAAAAUUAUUUUCUCGGUUAUGGGUCCAUGCUUCUUAAAAACAAAGGUUUUGCGGCCGAGUGGAGAGCAAAACAUCCUGCAGAAAUAACUGGGUUCGAGGAGUACGAGGAUAUGUUUAACGAAUUCAGGAGGAAUAUAGGCAGUAAUGUAAGUGAGGUUAACGUUGUUUGCAUAUUUUAACGUAAUCCCUCGAGUCCCCCAGGAAUAAUCAACAUAUAUUUUCUCUUAACAACAUCAAUACACAAUCAAGGGAAAAAUAUCGAGAAGUAAUGAAAUGAUCACUUACGAUCGUGUAUCAAAUUCUCUUGACUAAUUUUCUAAGCAUUUGAAUGGCGAUCAGGCUGAAGAAUCUUUACCUUGAUGUUGGCGUGUAUCAAAUUCUCUUAACUAAUUUUCUAAGAAUUUGAAUGGCGAUCAGUCUGAAGAAUCUUUACCUUGAUAUUGGUGCUUAAAGGGUUAAACGCCGCCUUUGUUGAAGUUCAGCGUGCAGCUAUACCCCAAGUGAAAGAAACACUUAAGGUACCGAUCGAUGGGGUAAAGUACUGCAAUCACAUGAAGAUGCUUACCAUCAUUGCACAUUACAAUUAGAGUUUCCCUUUCUUCGGCUCCUUCGGUUCAGCUCAACCAUUUCUGGCGAAACUCAGGUGCUAGGUGUGGUAGCCAAAUGAAUAUAGACCCAACCGAGCUGGAUACUGUAGGUUGAUCGUGUCUAACAAUUGUACAUGUACAGUAUUGCCAAACUGUUUAGAGUAGUUAAUAAUGAUGAUUAAUCGGUUCCGUUUUAGGGUCUAAGAUAUUGUUGUUAUUUUCAUCAUCAUCAUCAUCAUCAUCAUCAUCAUCAUCAUCAUAAUUAUCAUCAUAAUCAUUAUUAUCGUUAUUAUUUUUAAUUAAUUUGUUUACCUUGCCUGUUUCCUUUCGCUGUAUCUAUUGAAAUUAUUGUAAUUAUUAAAAUUGAUUCUAUUUCAAUUCUACACGUCCAAUCUAUAUCUAGGGCAGUUCUGGCUUCUAUCGCUUCGCGUCAAGUGUAGAACCCUUUAAAGAUUUACUCAACGAUUGGCGAGAUGACGACAUCUUUGCUGAACAGAGACUAAGUGGAUGUAAUCCCAUGGUGCUUCGUAGGGUGACAGAAGACUCAGGUUAGUUAACAGUAAUCACCUAGGCUUCUACGCAGUCGUUCCCUGUGGCGUCACGCAACGUUGUGCACAGAUAUCGUUGUUGUUAUCGUUGCUCACGAUUGAGAUUAUAGAUGAACCUGUAAAAGUUUAUUGUCGGUACGCGCAUGUAAUUCUAACUUUUGCUCAUGCACUAAGGCCUAGGUCAAGAAUUUUUUGUGAUUUUUUUAUCGUGUUGUGUAAUCGUGACAUUUUCCUCAUUCCACCUGUUUAGAGGACGUGGGGCUAAAGUGGUCCGAGUUAAGACAAACCCUCAACCCAAACUACAACUGGGAAGCUGCUAUCCAGAAUGCUUCAAAUAGCACUGAACCAUUAGUUGAGGUUAAGUAUAAUCUACUGUUUUCUAUUUGAUUUUAAGUGGAAGGAAACUUAAGGAAGUAGACGGCACUUGCGUGGGGUCGGAGGCUCUCGCGGUUAGGGAACAGGGAUCCCCAGAGGAACCAAUGCAACCCGGCAGCAGAGGGGUUUCACAGUAUCUGUCUACUUAGAGUAGGACUUUUGCAACUUUGAACAACACACAGGUGGAAAGAUGAGCAAUACUGUCAUCAAUCAGUCCAUUUUUAGCUGGAAUAUUUGUCGUUCACAAAAUGACACUUUUGUUAUUUUUCAGUCAAAACGUUUUUUUUUAACUGACUCACGUGUACUGCGUAGAAGAGUUUCAAGCUUUUUGUGCAAUCGGCUGAGAUUGCAACGUAUAUAUCAUCCUAUUGAGCCUACCUUGAAAAGCAUAAACUAAUACUCAUUGUUAUUAUUCUGAUUUAUCCUUAGGAGAUAAGAAAUGGCAAUGUUUACGUACUCAGAUACGAGGUUUUUGACGACAUGGUAUCUUUUCCAGAAUCGGUUGAUCAGAAUGCCAAUCGCACAUUGUGGCCUUCAAAAUCGCCCGUGGCGCUUUUCGCCAUAAAAUCCGACGGAUUGGACAGACGUCUUCGCCCUGCAGCCAUUCAGAUCGAUUAUAAACCAGGUAUAGUCAGUUUAAGCGUUUUGGACUGAAUUUGGACGAAUUUACUCAACAACUGGUAAAAAUGUACUCGACGUCACAGGAACUUGGUAAUCAAAUGACUACAGGUGGUAACAUGAUUUCUGCAAGACCCUUCUGUCCCUAAAAUUUAAAAACGCAAACAAGGUUUUUAUCAAGCUCCUUUGCUGGUCGCCAGACUGUAGGCAGCCUGUUUCAGGCGUUCAGAUAGUGGAGGACAGCACAAAGAGAUAUGAGGAUGAAAGACAGCGAAGGGUGAUCCCUCUAACUUCACGCCACAUUUUCUGAACGCCUCAGAAGCGGAUCUAGAACCUAAUGUUAAGAGAGGACAGCUUAUCUAGACAGACCGUGAGAGUUCUUAGAUGAGGGAGGGAGCAAGGUGGCAAACUCGGAAUAACUUUUUCUCAGCCGUACGGGCCUCGGUUUGGAAUAGAAUUAUAGGGAAGGGGGUACCUACCCCAGAUCUUACACAGUUUAGAAAUUUGUUUCGUCUGGAAAGUUGCGCAAUUAAACAUUUCAGUUUCCAUCACUGUAAAUAGAUUCUCCUGUAUACUCGCCAAUGGAUGGAGACUCAUGGAUGCUGGCCAAGAUGGUUGUCCAAGCAACAGAUUACGUACACAGCCAAAUGGUAGAACAUCUCCUCAAGGCAAGCUAUCAUUUAUGUAAAAAAAAGAACUUAUCUUAUGCUAUCGGUUUCUCCCUUAUAGGGACUGCUGCUUUGCGCAAUGUUUGAUGGGGGCCUUCCUCUAUAAAAUUACAGUUUCCGAGCAAAUAAAGUAUAAUCUGAUUUCUAGCUACUUCGUUGGAUUAGUCGUCGCCGAUUUACAAAUAGCCUGCGAAUAGGGCCAUUUCUCCUCGUUCCUCGCCGUUUGCGACGUUUCGCGAGACGUCUUAAAAGCGACGACUAGCAAGGAGAGACCUCUACACUCGCAGGCUAAUUUAUAAGCACGUGCAGGUACCACUUUCGUAUCUUUUUUUCUUCGUCUUCUUUAUUUUUAUUCUCCUUCUCAGUUCACAUUCUUCUUACAAUUUUUUCCCUUAGAACACCUCCAUAACCGUCGCUUUUAAUUAAUCUUCAGAUCCAUCUUUUUGCCGAGCCCUUCUGCGUGGUUCUUUAUCGCUACCUCUCUUCCCAGCAUCCACUUCACGAACUUCUAAAAUAUCACUGUAGAGGUGUCAUCGCUACGAACACAAUUGGAUCCCCAUCGUUAGUCAUGAAGGGCGGCUACAUGGAUCAGCUAACAGCCAUGGGGGCAGCAGGAACUGUGUUACUGUUACAACGUGGUUACAAAACUUUGAGUUGGAAUGAUACAGAUUUCCGUCUUGAUAUCCAGGUAAAACACACUCAACUUCGUCUGUUACUGAAUGCGGACCCCUCGUGACCGCUAGCGUGCGAACAGCAGACGUUUCUCCUCGCUCAUCGCCGCUGAGGGAGGUUUCGCGAAACGUCCCUCAGCGGCGAUGAGCGAGGAGAAACGUCUGCCGUUCACAGGCUACGUGACCGCAGGUUGAUCUUAAUAUCGUGUAUUUGUUAUAGCGGCGAGCUAGAGGUGUUUCUUGUAAGAAAAUUUCAUUUGGGAGGAAAAGUAUUUUUUCUUUAUUUUCUAUUUACCAGAACGUCGGCUGAUGUGAAACUGACUAAUUAUAAAUUCAACCAAAAAGACAAAUAUGAUCAUAAAAAUGGAUAAAAUAUUUUUGGUUGUUUCCGCUGUUAAAAGAUGUCACUCAAGUAGUAUAGUAAGGUGCAGUUAGACCCUUUUUGAGUGUGUGAAGGUGGUGGUUUGUGGUGAUGGUGGUGAAGGAAAAAUAAAAAGGUUUGAGGAAGAACGAAAUGGCUGAAUUUCUAAGGAGAAGGAAAGGGAAAUAAAUAUGUAAAAAUGCUAGAAAGUGCUAAUUUGCCUUCUCACGAUUCGCGCGUCGUUGCAAGCCCUGCGGUUGCAAGGAUCAGUGAACGGGAAAUAGAAUAAUUUGUUGUCUGCAAUGGACAAUGGAAGAGGCGGGAAAAUAGAAUUCUAAUAAUGACGUCGCGGCUUUGUGUUUUUAAGUCAAAGGCUAGUUAGACAAAAAGUUAUCACGUCAUCGGCUCUCAAGUAUUUCUAUUCCAAUUAAUGAGAUUUCCCUGCAAAAUAGUGGCCAAAUCGGUCACUAAUACAGUGCCGUAGCAAGGGUAAUAUAAGUGGGGGGGCACGCGAGCGCCGGAGGCGCGAGCCGUUAGGGGGUCUGGGGGCAUGCUCCCCCAGAAAAUUUUGAAAUCUAGAGGCUUGGAAAUGCUAUUUCCAGCGUUCUCCAAGAGCUGUUUGUGAUUUACGCAUAUCGCGAAUUAUUUACUUCGUACAGUGUCUCAGCAAACCAAUGCACAUUGAAAGUGCAACACUUGCAACGUGGAUUACAAAAUAGAAAACCGACUAUCUCUGUAUCUUGAAACCAGCAAAUGUUUCACCUUUCAGAGUCAUCAUAGUAAGUUCGUAGUUAUUAAACUGUCUGAGUAGCCUUAGAGGCAAAUGUAAACUUCAUCGGCAGGUGGUUUUUUGAAAACUUCCCAAACAGUUGCUUGCGCCGCUGGUUGUCCCCCACAAACAAAUUGGCGACCUCCACCAUGUCAAUACCAUCUGCCAAUUCCUUGUGGACAUGCAGAAGCAUGAGGUGGUUGAGCCUGCCCUCUCCCAUGGUUGAACGCAGGUAGGUCUUGACUCGCUUUAAGGCGGAGAAGGAGCGCUCGCUGACGGCAUUGGUAGCUGGCAUGACAAGCAUAAGCUUACCAAGGGUGCAAAUCUCACUCAGUAGGAGUUCGCGAGCAUUUCCGAGUGACUGAAAAAAGUUCAGCAGAUCAGCGAUGUCGAAUCGGGAAGUGUCGUACCCCAUUGCCUGCACUACUUCUGGAAGCAGGGACAGCUGGGCUUCUAGCUUGUACUGCUGCAGGUCAGUAUCCCCGUACACGGCCAUCACUUUCGCUAGCUCUUCGUCAUGGUCUUCGCCUGCUACCGCCUUCAGAAGAAGUUCCUGUAUGCUUUUAUGCUUUUUAGGAAAAAAAACUGGGGGGGGCACGGCCCCCCCCGGCCCCUCCCCUUGUUACGGCACUGUAUACUACUCACUCCCGAUCGGUUUCCGUUACAGCGAGGGUUAAAAGAAUAAAGUUAUACUUUCUGGAGCUAAAAUAUAGUUUCUGUAUUCAAGUGUUCCGUACGUCCCUACGUACUCAAAAGGGAUUAUAGUCCUUAUAAAGAGAGUAUGUUUUAGUCGAUCGUUAAACACACAAACAGUCAGCUCACUGCUGUCUGUGUAAUGGUGUGUCCGAAAUAACGAUGAGUCAGCAAUUUGAAAUUUGAAAUUUGCUAGAGGCUAGCUGUCUCAUUUUUAUUUGUCUUGUCGUUGUUUUUGACAGAACCGCGGUCUAGACGACAAAGAACUUCUGCCAUAUUUUCCGUACCGUGACGACAGCGACCUACUAUUGCUGGUUAUAAGGAGGAUGGUAGAGGACUACGUGAGCACGUAAUCAUAUGAGCAUUUUUUCAUUCUGUUCAUUUCUCUUCACUGCUCGAUUGGAGUUUUGAUUUUCAAAACUUAUAAUUAUUAAUCGAGUCAUAGCUAGAGUCCCAACACUAUUGCAAUUCAAUUAUGGCUAGUUUUUACAAGAAUUUGGUUUCAUCAAAUGAGUUAGCAAACUCAGUUUACCACCGUGUUGCCCCGUGUGCUUGUAGAAUCCGGAAUCCAAGACUUUGGAAUCCGUAAUUCAGUACAAGGAAUCCGGAAUCCCUCUAACGAUUAGAGUCCAGAAUCCAAGUUCCACUGACACGAAAUCUCGAAUCCAGUACCUGAAAUCCUGAAUCCAGAGCGUGGAAUCCAGAUUCCAAGACUGGAUUACUUUGCGGGGGUGAACCGUGAAAAGAUUGAAAGGUUGACGUUUACACCACCAUACUAGCUCUUCUGAUGGAUUUACUCUGACAAAGGGCUAGCGCUGGCGCACGAAAAUCACUUUUUCAGACCUUGCACUGUACUUUUCAGACCCAGUUAAUAAAAUCAAAUAACUGUAUUUCACCUUCACUGUUGCUUUUAUAAUUAUGCACUCCAUUUAUUUAUGGCUCCCAUUGCUUUCAAACCAAAUUUAUAAUUACUAAGUCCAUAUAUAUUAAAGCCAUCAACACUCAGUCCAGUUACUGGCUAGUCCUCAAGCAAAUUCUUCGAGUCUUCAGUCCAGUCCGAUAGCCUGGAUAGUCUUGACAGGUGUCUCUGACGAUGAUCCGAUAUAACAAAUGUUCUUUUUUGAAUAUAGUGCUAUUCCAAAUGUUUGGUAACUUUUUAAAGAACGAAUGCUUUCUUCUUUAGGUACUAUCGUCGCGACAAAGACGUGAGGGACGAUAAAGAGCUGCAGGCCUUUGUAAAUGAGUUGUCCAUCGACGGCACUGGCCCCGAAGGUGGAAGUGGACAGGUAUGGAGAAUGCCGUGGUGCACCCGUACUACUGUUUUGAAUUUUUCAUUAAGCGCCCAUAUGUAUAAUUUUUGAUGUGAAACGGAAGCGCUCGUGGAAUAAUGGUUAGUCAGGGAUCUUGGCUCAAAUAAUUCUUCUUUCUUUCUUUCGGUACAAAUAUAAUUUUAUAAUUUCAGGGAGUGGCACUCCAUAUGUCAUGUCUUCGAUUUACAAUGUAUAACCCGGAUGUAAAACGUGUAUUUAAAGGGAAUAAAAGUACCUCAUUCGUCUUCCCUUACUUCCUCUUUUAUGACCAGGCGGUUUAGCGUCUUCCUGUCGCAAAAGCACCUAAAUAAAGGACAGUAGGGCUGCCUUACGAAGUGACCCUAUUUGCAGUAAAAUAUACAAUAGCAGAACCCACGACGCAAAACAGCCAAACCUGACCAGAUAAAAAUGUUUCCAACUCUUCUGUCGCCAGGUAAAAGACUUUCCUUCUGUUUUAAGUGAAAGGAUCGAAGUGGUCGACAUGGUAACAAGGUUGCUAUGGUUACUAAGCGUGAAACACGCCACCGUUAACUACCCUGUGAGUGACUAUGGAGCUUUCACGCCUCUUUUACCCACCAAGAUUUUCAAUGAUACUCGCGUUCCACCAGGAGACUUUUCCAUCUUGAAUUUACCAAAUAGUGACAUAUCUUCAGUAAGUGUUUUAAAGUCUUAAUGAGUCAACAAAUUAUUUAUUUUCAUUUCAUAAAUUUAUUUAAUCAUAAAUUUUAUGAUGAUGAUUAUUAUAAUUUAUCGAGUUAUAGUACAGAAGUGCUUGUAAUUUUUCAAAAAAAGCUUUGUAUAUGUUUGCGCUUAAUUAUGGCGUUCAGCGCUGGCCGAACUUUGGUCAGCGUAAACAAAUAGGUAAAUCGUGCACUAGUUACUGAUCAUGGCCCAUCAGAGACCUCGUUUUACCUUCUACACGUUAUAAUUCUUGUCUUUACCAGAAACAAAAACCACUACCAUUUUUUUCAAAUAAAACCUUGGAAACUGGUGUUCCUGUACAUGUAAAUUUCGUUUUCAGGCCAGCGUGGUCAUGUCACAGACAAAAAUUGCGAGUCUGAUCUAUCGACCACAUGGCCACUGCUAUUCACUCUCGUGCGCUCACAAAGUUGGUCUUUAAUUUUCAAAAAAGAGAAAUUACUUUCUCGCAGAUAAUAAAUUAUUGUAUUGCGUCUUUUCGCUAACAAAUGCUAUUUAGGGUGUUGAGUGAGGGAGUGUUGCCCAACCCCCUGCAUGUUGUUGAUGACUGUCGAAUUCAAGGCCUUCUUGUUCUUCCACCGAUUUUUUUUUUCUUAUCAUUCUUCUAAUUAUUAUUUUUUCUCACUCCCUUCAGGCACAAGUUGAGGUGGCCAUGAACGUCGGGGCAUACCAUUAUGAUACGCUAUUUGAUUAUUAUGCUGAGCUUUCAGAUCCUGAGGCGAGGAAACGCGUGCGAUUUUACUACUACUACUUUCAGUAUGCUAUCAGCCCAAUGCUAAAGUUCAGAAACUACAGAAGAUUCAGAAAAGGACACCUGACAUACCCAUAUUUACAGUACCCUUGGCUUCCGAACGGGAUUCAAACAUAG